GAUGCAAAAUAUCGUGAUCUCAUUUGUUAGCGAUAUCAGAGAUUGCAAAAGUAACUUUAAACUAUUUAUCGAACUAUACAACUAAACAUGACAUACAAGUGAAUAUGUCAGAACGGAAAGCCAUAAAUAAAUAUUAUCCACCGGACUUUGAUCCGUCACUUUUGAAGUCCAAGAAAAAGAAGAAGAAUUCCCAACAAAAUGAAGUCAUUAAGAUCAGAAUGAUGGCACCUUAUUCUAUGAGAUGUCUUAAAUGUAAUGAGUAUAUUGCUGAACGUCGAUCAUUCAAUGCUCGAAAGGAAACUACAGGAGAGAAGUAUCUUAACUCCAUUAAAAUCAUUCGCUUCCAUAUCACAUGUCCUCGAUGUAAUAAUCAUAUUAGCUUUAAAACUAAUCCUCAAACUGCAGGAUAUACACCGGAAGAAGGAGCCGUAAGAAACUAUGAAUCUAACAAACUGACACUGAAUGAGAAACUGAAACUGAAACUGAAACUGAAAGAUGGAGAAACAGAAGAAGAACUUUUACAACGACUUCAACAAGAAGAAGCUGAAGAUGUCAAGUUCAAACUCUUACAAGAAAAGAGAAAGAAGAAUCCAUUUUAUUCUUUGACAGAUGAGACAAAUAAUGGAGAUGUUCUAGAUAAUUUUGAAAAGCGUUUAAUCGAGCAACAGAGGCAACAACAAAUCGAACAGCAUUUGGAAGAACUUCAAACCAAAAAUGAUCAACUUCAAGCAUUAGGUGGAGAAGAUAAACUAGCGAUUGAAGCUAAACAAAAGAUUGCUCAACAAAUUGAUAAGUUACAGGCCAUUCAAAAUGAAUUGAAUGAUGAAGAAGAUCAACAGAAAAUUCAACAAGCCUUUAGUUCAUCAAAGAGAAAAGCAGAUAGUGAAGAAGUUAUAGAAACUGAACCUGUCCCCAAGAAGAUAUUUAUUAAUUCUAAAAUUACCCUUAAACGGAAGGUAAAGCAAGAAGAAGUUAAGAAGACACCAUCAGUUGCGUCACCAGUUGCUACUUCUACACUCUCUUCUGUACUAGGAGGAUAUUCGUCAUCAUCUGAUGAGGAUUAAUUACGAUUGAAUGAUUGCUUACGUCAUACGAUAGACAAUAUAUAU